AUGCUGCCAAAUAGCAAGGCAACCAACAAGCAGCUGAAGGGGGCAGGUCAGUUCGAAAGAUCGAAGCAAACUCAACUUGGUUGUAUCAGCAAUGGAAGUGAAAUUCCUGAGGUGCGGAGGGCACAGCUGCUCGAGCCUGGUCGCUAUCUCGCUCGCAACUUGCCGCCCAUGCACGAAUUGAAAGAUAUCUUCAACGACCUCGCGGAAAAUGCUAUCAAGCAGGGUCUUGCUGCUGUCCUCAACCACCUGGCAGGAAGACCACUGCGCGUGGCUACGAUGUGCUCGGGGACCGAGAGCCCGCUUCUGGCCUUGGAGAUGAUCCAGAAUGGCCUGGCCUCCCUUCCUGGAGCGGGCCAACUCCGUGUUAAACAUCUUUUCAGCUGCGAGAUCGUUCCAUUCAAGCAAGCGUACAUUGAACGGAACUUCCACCCUCCCAUCCUCUUCCGUGAUAUCCGGGAGCUCGGAAAUGCAGAGGCGGAAACCGCAUACGGAUCGCUGGGAAAGAUCCCCGGAAACCCAGACCUCCUAGUCGCUGGAACCGCUUGUGUCGAUUUUUCCAACCUCAACUCACAGCAGAAAUCACUUGAAGAUGGUGGAGAGUCUGGAAGUACAUUCAAGGGCAUGCUGGAUUACGCCCAGAAAUAUCGACCUGCCCUGGUCAUCCAAGAAAAUGUCAGGAGCGCUCCCUGGGCCGAAAUCGCUCACAAGUGGCAGUCGAUCGACUACUUCGCGACAUGGGCUGCUAUCGACACAAAGGCGUACUAUAUUCCUCAGACUCGCGAGCGUGGGUACAUGGUCUGCAUCGACAAGGCCCGCCUCCGGAAAAUUGGGGUGCAGAAUGACACUGAGGACGAUGCCAUUCGCUAUCUCCAUCUUGGGGCCCGAUGGAAAGAGCUGCUUUCCAAGUUCACACGCCCAGCCAGCUCCCCAGCAGGUAUGUUUCUUCUUGGUGAAGACGAUAGACGACUGGAACGUAUUGAAAAAGACAUGAGUACUCGUCUAAAUGCCACGGCUGUCCGGGCUGAGGUCGCUUGGGAGAGAUACAAGGUCCGUCACCAGCGACAUCGCAACGAGCAUGAUGUUGGAAACCAGCGACCAAUUACGCGAUCACAGCCUGGCAGCUUUGUCUGUCACCCACCCGAUUUCUAUUGGCAUACCUACAUAAACUCGCAGGCGGAGAGAGUUUGGGAUACCCUUGAUAUCAACUUCUUGCGAAAGAUCGUGACCUGGGAUUACGAUAUGAAUUUCAAGGAGCGAUGGAUUGAGUUGUCCCAGGGUGUUGAUCGUGGCGGCGAGUCAAAAGGUUUCGGAAUUAUCGGCUGCCUCACGCCUAGUGGUAUGCCUUUUCUCACUACCCGUGGCGCGCCACUUACCGGUCUUGAGGCCCUAGCACUGCAAGGAUUGCCGUUGGACAGAAUCAGUCUUACGAGAGAAUCACAGCGUGAACUGCAAGACCUGGCCGGGAACGCGAUGAGUUCCACUUGUGUUGGGGUUGCCAUUCUUGCGGCGCUGCUCGUCGGCUACAAUGUCCUGGAAAGAGGCAAUGAUUCGAAGGACUACCAUGAUAAUGUGGUAAAGGCAUCUUUCAUCCCUCAGGAUGGCUAUGAUACCACGCAGACUAGCCUGGAGGACGCCCAAGUCCAUACAGUCGACCAUGUUGAUCUCCAAGCUCGAGCUACUAGAAGUGCAAGAUAUUGCACAUGCGAAAAGCAGUCUACCAUCAGGAAGAGCAUCGUCAAAUGCGGACUUUGCAAUCAUACCGCCUGCAGCUCAUGUUCCGGAAAUCCUUCUCACUCGUAUGAACCUCUUCCACUUUCGCGCAGCGAGCCGUCGGGUUUUAUUACAUAUCUGAAGGACCUGUUGCCGAUGAGGCUCAAGCUCACCGGCCUCUCUAAUAUGGCUUUUGAAAAAUUCGCAAAUUACAAGCCGGAAUGCGUGAAGGGCGCUGAGUGGCAGAACUUCACGGAAAUUAUCAAAACUGUACUUGGUGAAGAGCUCCGCUUCUUUGACAUUACACGAGGAGGGGUCUGGAAAGUCCUCUACAAAGGCAGACAUGCAACUUCUAGUCUGAGUCUCAUAAUCAGCAGCACUGGUUUACAAUGGCUCUACUUUGCGAACCCACCCGCAUCAGCACCGUCCCAGAGUCUUAUCAGAGAAAUGCUUGACCAGCCAAUAGCAAGAAUGACACCCCAGCAUAAAUCGCUUACUGAAGGCGACUGGGAGAUCUAUUCUCCCUUUAGCACAAAGUUCACUCUCAAAUUUGCAGGCAGCGGGAGCCAAGUCAAGACAUUCCAGGCUGAGUGUGGGCUACAGACAAACAGGUAUUUGAACUCCAAAACCUGGAGCCGUCUCACGAUUGGCGGAGAAGAGGAAGACGCCAGGCACUGGGAUGUGGAUAUUCGGGGCGAAUACGAGUAUCUUCCUGAUUGUGGCACGGCACUUGGAUCUCUGCACAAGAAGGCUGCUACUGGAGACUGCCCAGCCAUUUACCUUUUUCUCGACCCCACCAAACACGGCAACCCUGAUGGAGAUCGCUGUGUCUUUUCUCUUGAGCAUGAUCGUAUCCCCGGAUACAACAGUCGCAUUACCAUUGCGGAGUUGGAGCCCUCCUGGAGAGCAUGGAAUAUGACCAGUACUGUGGCAAAUGCCAACGCGUUUUCCCGACGCUGGGCCAAAGUAUCAGAUGCUAGAUUGGAAAAAUUUGUUAGUGGCCCGAUUAUCUGCAAAAGUCUGAAACCCGGAGUCCAAGUUUCAAUUGGAAGCAAAGAUUGCCACGAAAGUUACACAACAUUGGUCACGCUGUCUGUACCAGCAGCAACCUCCAAACAUGAAGAACAAGACACCAAUUGGAGAGCCUUGGACUCUGCGGAUUCUGCCGCCACUUUGAAGAAUUUCGUCUGGUUGGUCCAGAAGAUUUCCGGAUGGAGGGAGUUCCAAGACUGGAAUCAGAUAAUUGGCUGGGAUAACUUACCACGCAUGGAAGAAACAGCGUGCUCGUCCUGCCAUCCACCAAAGCCCAGCAUCUUGUGGGGCAGAGACCAGAAAAAUGUCAUUGUGCCGUACGAGAACCCGAAAGAGGCAGGCGCCUAUGAGCGAGCUGUCAAGUCGAAGCCGUCUCCAUUCCUGGUCUUCAGGCAAGGUGAGCGUGACAGUGAGAGUGAAUUUCGGUUCACUCUCAAUGUACAGACACUCGCUCAUCAGGCUUACGGUAAGCUCGUUGGUACUGGGCCAAAUGACGGCGUCAGUCUUCACUGGCGACUCAUUCCCGAUGCCUUUGACCUGGCCAAGCUGAAGACAUCUGAUUUUACUCUGAAGAGCAAUCAAGACGACACCCCCUGCUCACAGCCGCCUCACUUCAGAGAGAAGUUGAGGAAGGAGCAGCUGCAGUCGUUAGCGUGGAUGAUUUCUCAAGAGGAGGAUGGUGUGACCCCGUUCCUGGAGGAGGAAACAGAAGAGGCUGUGCUCUCUCUGAUGCCGUGGCGGGCGGAAGUGAGGGCAGCUAUCCCCAGAAUUGUCCGGGGAGGCGUACUCGCCGACGAAGUGGGAUAUGGCAAAACGGCAAUCAUUCUUGGCCUUAUUGAUGCGCAGUUCCAAAAAGACCGCUCGCUCUCAUUGGAGGUUUCUGGGUUGAUCCCCACUCACGCAACCCUGAUCGUAGUUCCAGACAAUGUUUUCGAGCAGUGGCAGUCCGAAAUUAAGAAAUUUCUCGGGAAGCAGCACACAGUGCUGACCAUUCAGGGUGUUGGAAAACUUCGCAAACUCAGCAUUCAAGACAUCCAACGCGGCGACAUCAUCGUCGUGGCUUGGAAAGUGUUCAGCAGCAACGUGUACUAUGAAACUUUGCAGCAGUUUACAGGCACUCCAGAGCCUCCUGCAAAGGCAGGCCGCAACUUUGAUAACUGGUUUCAAGAUGCUCGAGAUGCUCUCAAGGAAUUGUGUGGCACUUUGACCUCUGACGGGCCUGAGGAAUAUCUUCGGGAGGUUCAGACACGGCGCGCGCGGGUCGAAGAGAGCCAAGCUGGGUAUACCUAUAUGCCUUCACGCCGAGUUCGGGGCAAGGGCUUCACACGUGCCCAGCAAGAGACAGAAGCAAGCGCCGGUGGCGAUCAAACACCAGAUGACAAGCCAAUGGACAGUGGAAAUUGCUUGGAGAAGGCCUGUAAAGGGGAGGUUACAGAGCGCUUCUCUGAGAAGUCUCAGAAGAAGGGUACAAAAAGAAAACGCGACCAAGUACCUGACAGCAACACCAUACCUAGGGUACGAGACGACCGGGAAAUAUUCAACAUUCCAACGACCGGGAAAGAUCAUGAUUGGCGCGAAAUGCGGUAUCCAUUCCUGCACCUCUUCAGUUUCAACCGGAUUGUCAUUGACGAGUACACAUACAUCUGCGAAGAAAGACUGAGUUCUAUCUUGUCGUUGCAUUCACGAUCUAAAUGGAUUCUAUCCGGCACACCGGCUAUGCGCGAAUUCGCCGACAUCAAGAGCAUUGCCCGGUUCCUGGAUAUCUAUUUGGGCGUGGAUGAUGACGGAGAUGUGCCCACGCAGAACAGCCGACUGAAAUCCAUUCGCAAGAGCUACACCGCAGCGGAGGCUUUUCAAACGUACCAGCCUCGUCGUUCUGAUGCUUGGUACUGCAAUAGACGACAGAUUGCGCAAAGGUUCCUGGAUCAAUUUGCAAGACAAAAUAUUGCGGAAAUUGACCACAUCGCCACAGAGAUACAUCUUGUCCCAAUAAACCAGUCCCCGAUGGAGCAGCAAACCUAUCAAACAUUGUUUAAUGCACUCCUGAAACAGAAUGGCCGGCAUCGCAAAAUCAGAAAUCCUAACAACGAUCGCGUAAUUUCCCGUUUGAAUGAGAUAUUGAGCAGCAGCAAAGCUCCGCUGGAAGCUCUCAUCAAAUGUUGUGCAUCCACAAAGCUGCAAAAUAACCCAUGGGAUGUCGAAGCAUACAAAAGUCGACUGAAGACUCAGAGACAGACGAAGACGAAGAAUUAUGGCAAAUUGGAGGGUCUCGUAAAGCAGGCCGCGUUGACCACCCGUCGGUGGGAGUUGCAGUCAAGUGCUUGGAACAACUGGUUACAGGGAAUUCAUGUCGACAACAUUGGGGAUCUGGAUACAACCACGGCAGUCUACGAGCUUAUCAACUGUUGCUUCGCUUCAUAUGCUGACUGGGCGGGAAGUGAGGACGGCAAAGGUGUCACGACGGAAAUGGAAGAGCGAUUGGCAAAAGCAUCCAAAAAAGCCAAGAAGCCUUCGGCAAAAGCUAAUACGAAAGAAAAGGCGGGGAGCCCCAAGGGCAACGGCAGCUUGCCUGGAGGGCGCUCCAGCAAGAGAGCCAAGCUCACCUCCAGCGGCCUUACUGCCGGUUCCAAGUCACAACCUCAUUCUCAAAAUGUGGGAGCCGUGAUGAAAACACUGGCGGUUAACAUUAUUUCUACCUUGAAGCUGAUUGUUCAAAUCGAGCGUGAUAUCCGCUUCUCGGAAGCCAUCGUGAACCUACAGACCGCAGGUAUGGCAAUAUCAUGCUGCAAAUGUAAUACUCAGCAAAACAGCAUCACCAAAGUGGGACUUUUAACAUCCUGUGGUCAUCUCCUCUGCGAAGACUGCAUCGACAAAAUCCCCGAGAAGGAGCGCCAGUGUCUGGUCCCCGGGUGCGAUGGAUCCGCAAAGCAAAGCAAAAUCGUCCACGGAUCUAGCGUCGAGGGCGGGAAGAGCAGUUCUGAGAGAGACAGCAAGAUUGAAAAACUGGUUGAGAUACUUCAGCAAGUUCCCGACAACGAACUGGUGCUCGUCUUUGUGCAGUUCGAGGAUCUGAUGCCAGUCGUCUCUCGUGCGCUUAAAGCCACUGGCAUUGAACAUCGCAUGGCACGGGCUGGAAAUAUGGGCCCAAUUAAUGAGUUCAUCAAGCUGAAUGGCGGAAAGAGCACGGGGAAGCAGCAUGCUCGGCCUAAGGUGCUUAUUCUUCGGCUGGGUAGUUCGAUGGCUGCUGGAUUGAAUCUUCAAUGCGCGAACCACGUCGUCUUCCUCUCGCCUCUCCUCGUUUCAACUCAACAGGAAUGGAACGCCGGGAUGACCCAGGCCAUUGGACGAGCACGACGCUAUGGGCAGACGCGGACAGUGCACGUGUAUCAUCUUUUGAUGAAGAUGACCGUCGAUGUGAACGUUAUGCAGGAACGAGAGGGCAAGAUCCUGGUUGAGCGCCGUGGCGCGUUGGAAUGGGUGUCUCCGGCCGAGAGCGAAGCUGAGGGUGUUGUUCGAUGUGGAGGCGAGCCAUUUGAUGUUCGACUGUGA